AUGGUUUUUAAACCGUUCACCCAUCUCGCGCGCCAGAGUUUCACCAAAGCCUUCACCCAUGGCUAUGCUCAGUCGGUAGUUGCGGCGUCGCAGUCCUCAUACGCGUCGUCCACCACCUUAAAUUCCCUCGCUACCCAACCCGCCAAGUUCUCUCGCACACAACUCCAGAAUGCUUUUAACGCGUCCAGCUCCUCCGGCGCCGGCGCCAAAGCGAGUCAGGGCGGCUCAGGCUCUGGGGAUUUCGGUUUAGCUGCUUAUUACGCUGCCUGGCAGCACGCCCAGCAGACUGGCGAUGACAGUGACUGGCGCUCGGUUCAUUUCAAGCGCCGUAUCGGAUGGAAACCUUCCGCCGAGGAUGUCGAGGGCAAAGAGGAACGGGCCCGUUCGCCCGAAACCGUGCCGCCCCAUCUGACCAAGGCCGCUGUGCACGAGGAUGUCAGCGCUCAGGUUGAGGAGGCCGUCGCCCGAGAGAUCCAGAUCCAGGAGGAACAAGCACAGGCGGAGGAAGCGUCGGAGGCAAUCGAGACCGCCGCCGAGUCUGAAGAUGCGCUUGUGGCCGAGGCUAUAUCCGACGAGACCAAGGCCGCCUCGGAACGCAUUGUCCAGCUGGCCACUUCGAAGAACUAUGCCGCGAUCCCUGCAGCCUUUCAAUCAUUGCUCAAGGAUGGAAUGACCCCGACUGUCGAUGCGUACAAUGCCCUCCUCGUCGCCGCCAUCCAGCUCAACCCCGAUCCCGCCCAGGCCAUUCCCAAGGCCCUCGAUGUCUACUCUGAUAUGCUUCGUCGUAGGGUAAUUCCCGAUGAAGAUACUUACCAAACCCUCGUCCAGCUGCUUGUGACCCAGGCGCAUGAGAUCAUCAAGGCCAAAGAGGUGCUCGAACGGCAACGUGUCCGCUAUGGCGGUAUGGAGGAGCCUGGCAAGUUUAUGCUUCAGUCCAGUGAACUGGAGCGCGAUAUUCUUGCCGAGGACCACUCCUUGUCUAUCGCUGUCAAGCUUUUCAAUACUGCCACGACCCGUCACUCCCGACUCGUGUUCCCGCUCGACCUCUACCGCAAUCUCAUCAUUGCCUGUGCCCGCGAGGGUUUGGUGGAGGACAUGAUCCGUAUCUACUCCCACAUGGAACAGCAAAAGGUUACUCCCCAUGCGACUAUCUUCCCGUGCAUGAUUGAUGCCUUUGCUAGUACCGGUGACCUCAAGAGCGCCGUGGAAUGCUACAACGAGUAUCGCACCCUUGCGGUUUCGGACGACAAUGGAGUAUUCACUAUUGUCAAGCGCCUGGACGGUGAGGUGUACGCUGCUCUGAUCCGUGCCUACUUGUCCUGUGGCAGACAAGAGGGUGCUCAGGGCUUCCUUGACCGAAUUCGCUCCUCGUUUGACGAUGUCACCGAGAACCGCGAGGGCCGGUGGGCUGCAGUGGAAGAAGUGAUCGUGCAGGAUGCCCUCGUGCAACACUCAUUGAAUGUCGGCGAGCACAGCAAGGCCCUAGAGCUAGCCAAGGCCCAAUUACAUGAUGAGGCUCGGGACCAUGCCAUCUCCCGAAUCUGCAUUGCCGCGGCUGAUGCCGGCGAUCUUACGACUGCCUCCGAGGCAUAUGACCGCCUGUCCACCAACCCUGAUGUUCGACAGAACCCCGCCAUCUCACUUCUCGCUCUUCAAAUUCGUCGGGGCAACGUUUCGGCGGCCCGCUCCCUGUGGAUUAUGCUGACCACCGUGGGUCAGGCAACCCCGGAUCUGAUCCAGCCGACCACCAUGUACGCGGUUGCGCUACUCAAGAGUGGCCAGGUUGAGGAGGGCCUGCACGAGGCGCGCAACAUGUUUGCCCGUAUUCGCAACGCCUCUGCCGACCAGGUCACUGUCCCUACCACCGCACGUGAGCAAGUCACCGAGUCCCUCCACCUCUUUGGUCGCGUCCUUGUGCAGACGGCCGCUGUUCUCUCGCCUUCUUCCUCCAUGACUCUUCUGUGGUCUAUGAUUGAGAACGGCGGUCUGGUGUCCCCCCUGGCCGAACAUGCCGUCGCCAGCCUCGGACCCGUGGGCAUCUCUCAGCUGAACCCCACCGACCUCACCCUGGCCCUCCAGGUCCAGGCUGGUAUGAUGGCCAAUAACAGUGCGAUGAUUUUCGAUGUCGCUCACCUUGUCCGCUUCGCACACAUGCUCGAAGUCGCGCUGUCAACUUCUCUCCCGCUGGAUACGUACACGACUCACCUGGUCGAUCAGGCUGUCGCCAACCUCUUCGCCAGUCGCCCUGAUGUCGUCAAGAGAUGGCAGGACCACCUGGAGGCGUCUACUCAGGCUUCUUUCCUGUCUGAACGCCACAGCCCCGUUUCCAUGGCCGAGACCUCCAUCACGACCCCGUCUUCAAGCCCCGACUCCUUCGACCCUUAUGCCCAGGCCACCGACUUCCGAGGGUCUGCUAUUAUCGCUGAUGAGCUCGAGAAGACCGCCGGCCGGGCAGAGACUCACCUCAACGAGGCUUUGAUCCGGCUCAAGAACAUGCGUCGCAUUGGUCGUCACCCUCGCUACAUCACGUACGCGAAGCUGAUCACUGCCGCCGCCAAGGCCAACCGCAUGGAGCUGGUCAACGAGAUCCACAACAUGGCGCGCGCCGACGUCCCUCUCAACCCGGCUUACAAUGCUGUCAAGUACGGUUGGGUUUCAAUCCUCGAUGCCAUGGUCUCUGCGUGCCUCACUCUCGGUGACCGUCGACUGGCUGGCCAAUUCCACCAGGAGCUGCUCGGCCUGGGCUCUGCGCCCUCCGCGAACACCUUUGGUCUGUACAUCACCACGUUGAAGGAAUCGACCAAGACCUUUGACGAGGCCACUGAGGCUUUGAAGAUUUUCCACCGCGCAGUUGCUGAGGGUGUCGAGCCCACUUCGUUCCUGUACAAUGCUCUGAUCGGUAAACUGGGCAAGGCUCGUCGUAUCGAUGACUGCCUCGCCUACUUUGCCGAGAUGCGUGCCAACAACGUGCGUCCGACUAGCGUCACUUACGGAACCAUCGUCAACGCGCUCUGCCGAGUCAGUGACGAGCGCUUCGCCGAGGAGAUGUUUGAGGAGAUGGAGUCCAUGCCUAACUACAAGCCGCGUCCCGCUCCCUACAACUCUAUGAUCCAAUACUUCCUGAACACCAAGGGCGAUCGCAGCAAGGUUCUCGCUUACUAUGAGCGCAUGCAGGUCCGCCACAUCAAGCCCACCAUGCACACCUACAAGCUGCUCAUUGACGCGCACGCCUCGCUCGAGCCCAUGGACAUGGAAGCCGCCGAGAAGGUUCUCGAGUCCAUGCAGGCAGCCGGCCAGCAGCCCGAUGCCGUGCACUACGCCUCCCUUGUCCACGCCAAGGGCUGUGUCCAGCACGACCUACCUGCCGCCCGCAAGGUCUUCGACUCCGUCGUCUCUGAUCGCCGCGUGCGCCUGCAACCCUGCCUCUACCAGGCCCUCUUCGAAGCGAUGGUGGCCAACAACCGCGUCGCUGACACCGAGGAAAUCGUCAAAGACAUGCUGCAGCGCAACGUCGAGAUGACCGCCUACAUCGCUAACACGCUGAUUCACGGCUGGGCCGUCGAGGGCAAUGUCUCCAAGGCCAAGACCAUCUACGACAGCAUCGGCAUCUCCAAGCGCGAGCCCAGCACAUACGAGGCCAUGACCCGCGCCUUCCUGGGUGCCGACGACCGCACAGCUGCCGCCGGCAUCGUCCAGGAGAUGAUGUCCCGUGGCUACCCCUCCGCCGUGGCCAGCAAGAUCAUCGAUCUCGUCAGCACUCCUACCUCCAUCUAA